GGAUAGACAUAAACUGAUGCAAUUAGUCAACAUUCAAACACAAUCCACGUGGACUAUUCCUUAACCGACCAAACCAAUUUCACGGAAUCUUCUUCACAAACUCAAGACUUGUCAAACUUCUCUUACUCUUUCUAGACCUCUCUAGCUUUCCUGCUCGUUCCAAACUAUAUAUACUUUAAUCUACCGUUCCCUUCUCGCCAAGAAACAAACAUUUCCAAUCUCUCAAAAGCUAGAAGAACCUGGAUCAAGAACAGCAAAACACAAUUCAAGAACGAUGAUGUCGAUCUUUAGCCCUUUCGAAGCUCUUCACGCUGAAUCAAACGGCUUCAAGAUGAAACUCCUAGGUGGCCAGAAACAGAGCUCUGGUGAUAGUCAGUCGCCGGCGGCAGAGAAGCAGAAGAGCUACGGGAGGAUUCCGAUAACACCAGACGACGAAAAGAAUAAGAAGAAGGAGAAGAAGAUCCAACCGAUGAGGAUAGCUCCAGAGCUAGACGGUGUUCAUUGUUUUGAAACAAUACUUCCUUUUUGAUGAUCAUAUAAACCAAAAAAAAAUUUAAUACUUUUCUAUUUUUUAUUGAUUACUUUCAAGAAAAAUAUAUUUCCCUUUGUAUAAAGGUUAAUCAAAACUAAUCUUGAAUUAUUUAUUUUCGUUCUAUGAAGAAGAAGUUUGACUUUGACUUCUUGCAGUAGUAGUUGCUGUUCCUUGGGGCUCACGUUUUCUUCCACCAAACCUUUUCCCAAACCCUAGAAGAACCGCAGGAGGAACAA